CGGGCGGAGGCGAGGUCGCGUACUGCUGACUAGUCUGGGCUCGCCGCUUUCGGUGCCCAGGCGGGAAGUGCGCAGAAAGUGCCAGGCAGAAGGAGGAGCCCCUAGAAGCUCCGAGGGCCGUCGGACCCUAGCUGGGAGACCGAGCGCGAGAGAAUGCAGGUGAUAGAGGUCGGCCGGGCCGGGUGCUCGCCGUCCGACCCCGAGGGCCUUCAGGUGCAAGGGGGCGGGGGCUGCAGGCGGCCGGCCGCCGAGCCGGGGCGGGCCGGGCCGCGGGGCAUUUAAACCCGGCCGACUGCCAGCGACGGACGCGCGCCCCACUCUGUCCCCUCCUUCGGCCACUCUCUCCGCCUCGGAUACCGGCCGGCGCGAUGCGGUCUUCCUUGGCUCCGGGCGUCUGGUUCCUCCGCGCCUUCUCCAGGGACAGCUGGUUCCGAGGCUUCAUCCUGCUGCUCACCUUCUUUAUUUAUACCUGUUAUCACAUGUCCAGGAAGCCCAUCAGUGUUGUCAAGAGCCGUCUGCACCAGAACUGCUCGGAGCUGAUCAAGCCUGUUAACGACAGCCACAGUCUCAAUGACACUACGUGGUGCGACUGGGCUCCAUUUGACAAGAAUAACUACAAGGAGUUACUGGGGGCUGUGGACAACGCCUUCCUUGUGGCCUAUGCCAUCGGCAUGUUUAUCAGCGGGAUUUUUGGGGAGCGGCUCCCCCUCCGUUAUUACCUUUCGGCUGGAAUGCUGCUCAGUGGCCUUUUCACCUCACUCUUUGGCCUGGGAUAUUUCUGGAACAUCCACAUGCUCUGGUACUUUGUGCUCAUCCAGAUCUGUAAUGGGCUUGUCCAGACCACAGGCUGGCCCUCUGUGGUGACCUGCGUUGGCAACUGGUUCGGGAAGGGGAAGCGGGGGCUCAUCAUGGGCAUCUGGAACUCACACACAUCUGUGGGCAACAUCCUGGGCUCCCUGAUCGCUGGCGUCUGGGUGAACGAGCAGUGGGGCCUGUCGUUCGUGGUGCCUGGCAUCAUCACGGCGGCCAUGGGUGUCAUCACCUUCCUCUUUCUCAUCGAAUACCCCGAAGAUGUGGACUGCACACCUCCCCAGCACCACAUGAAUGAUGGGCUGGAAGAGAACCAGCACAGCCCUGAGGACCUUGCGAGUGGUCCCUACACUAACAAGGAGAGCAGCCUGGAGACGGCCGCCGGGUGCUCCAAGGAGCCAAGCGCUCAGCCUGCUGCCAUCAGCUUCCUCGGGGCACUCCGGAUCCCGGGUGUGGUCGAGUUUUCUUUGUGUCUGCUCUUUGCCAAGCUGGUCAGUUACACCUUCCUCUACUGGCUGCCCCUCUACAUCUUCAAUGUGGCUCACUUCAGUGCCAAACAGGCUGGGGACCUGUCUACCCUCUUCGAUGUUGGUGGCAUCAUAGGUGGCAUCAUGGCGGGGCUCAUCUCCGACUACACCAACGGCAGGGCCACCACGUGCUGCGUCAUGCUGAUCUUGGCUGCCCCGAUGAUGUUCCUGUAUAACUUCAUUGGUCAGAAUGGGAUUAUCAACUCCAUAGUAAUGCUGAUCAUCUGUGGGGCCCUGGUCAAUGGCCCUUAUGCACUCAUCACCACUGCAGUCUCUGCUGACCUGGUGCGGCUCUGGGUCCCCUCCUGGCUGGCCUUAUUUCCCCCACAGGCUGGAACAAUGUCUUCUACAUGCUCAUCUCUGCCGACAUUCUGGCCUGCUUGCUCCUCUGCCGGUUGGUGUACAAAGAGAUCCUCGCCUGGAAGUCAUCCCUGGGCAGAGACAGAGGGUAUAAAGAAAUAUGAGGCCUUGAUUAGAAGAGAAGCUUGGAGGGCCCCAGCUGAUUCCCAAAGAGCUCUCCCCACACCCCCACUGGGGGCAAGACUAUGGAAACCGCCACAGACGUGGCUGAUGCAAGCCUCUUGACCUAACACCAGCCAGCCCACGGAGCUGCUAAGGGGCUAGAUUUGCCACGGGAAGGGACCGCCAACACGAGGAAUGGAGGACUCAAGGGCCCGCGCUCUGGAAGCCACCAGCAGAAGGGACGGGGAUCAGAGCUGAGUGGUGUCUCCAGCUUGGUAAGGGGAGGAUGUGCUCAGACUCUAGCUUGUUCAGAUUCCAAGGCAGAAGACAGAGGCUUGACGUGGACCCAGGCCUGGCAAAGGUGUGUCUCCCCUUCCUGUGUUCAGUGUGAACCUCCAUGAUUGGCCUGUACCUGUCAGUGGAUUUCUGAUCCUGUUUCAGAGCUGCCCGGCCUCACUUCACUUCUUUGUCUACGAGCCGCUUUUCUCCUGUAUUCCCCCAUGUUGGAAGCUCUUCUCCCCUGCAUUUGAUCCUGUCUCUAACUCCUGACCUGAGUCAAUUAAAGUGUUACUGCUAUAACCUC